UGUAUGUUUUUUAUUAAAGCUCUCUUUUUGGUGGAUGUUUUUAUUGCAAAAUUUAUGCGCAAUAAUUAAUUAUUUUUAAACUGACACGACUCGAUUGUUUAUGAUAUUAAUUGUCUAAUGUCAAUAAUUACGAUCCAAGUCUGGGUACUAUGAAUAAUAUAUAAAAUACAUAAAUUUCAUAAGAGAGUUGAACAACUGAUAAGGUUAAGUUUGAAAAACUUCUACUAUUUUGAAUUUUAAAGAAAUGGCGAAGGAACGAGGAGUUAUUAUGCCUGUCAUUCGAAAUUUCUUAAAUUCUUUCAUGCCUCGAAAAAGCAAAGUAAGAUUCGUGGGUGAAGAUUAUCAUGGUACAAAAUAUUAUGAAGAUCCUGAACGUCUAAGAAACCGUGGACGUUCGUAUGAACCAGCUGAUCCUGAAAAUUUACACCCAGAAAUACCACCUGAGUGGGAAGCAUGGCUGAGGUACAGAAGAGCAAAUCCACCAACUCCUGAAGAAGUAAUGGCCAACUAUGAAUUGAUGAUGACAAAAAAGAAAAAUGCUGCAGAAUUAGAAAUCCAAUACAAUAAAGAGAAAGGAAAAACUGUUGAAGCUAUACCGUCAAAACCUCAAUUAAAUUUUCCUACAUAUGAUGAGUACAGUAAUUACGGGCAGAAUUACCAAAUAAAACCAAAAAAAUAAAGUUA